GAAGAGCGAGUCGCGAGGAGACUGCGGGCCGGGGUCGUGGAGCGGGUCGGGCAGCGCACGGCCUCCCGGCGCCCGGACCGCCCGCAGAGUUUGCUUCUCUCGCCGAGGCCCUCCCGGGCCAGGGCUGCUGAGUUUAGGGUUUUUCUUUUUCUUAAAAGGCCGGGGGUCGUAAGGGAGAAGGAGAAUGCAUCGAAUACUGAGUGGAACGUUACCUGGAACAUUGCGGAUCCGAAGAGCAGAAUAAUUUCAUUUUCUUUUUGUUUCAGUUGCUCCAUGAGGCCAACUUCAUUUUUGCAUUCUCAACUUUGAAAUCGGCCAGUGUGUUUGGCAGAUUUUGACCAAGUUCAGGGGUGAGACUUUGAUUCACUCUCGGUGCGUUUUAAUUAGGGCAGGCAAUUCAAGCACUGUUCGCGAUGGUGUUACUGAAGACCUGCGCGUUUGGAAGAAAUGCAUGUAUUGCGGUUUGCUUCUGGAGAAGCCAAAUGGUGCGAAAGCCUCCAGUUAGAGAGAUUAGUACGACCUCCCCCAAGUGCACUGUCAUGCCUGCUUGGGUGAUAGAUAAAUAUGGGAAGAAUGAAGUGCUUCGAUUCACUCAGAACAUGAUGCUACCUAUCAUACACUAUCCAAAUGAAGUUAUUAUCAAAGUUCACGCUGCGAGUGUAAAUCCCAUAGAUGUUAAUAUGAGAAGUGGUUAUGGAGCCACAGCUUUAAAUAUGAAACGUGAUCCUUUACAUAUUAAAACCAAAGGAGAAGAGUUUCCCCUGACUCUGGGCCGGGAUGUCUCUGGUGUGGUGAUGGAAUGCGGACUCGAUGUGAGGUACUUCAAGCCUGGAGAUGACGUCUGGGCCGCAGUUCCUCCCUGGAAACAAGGCACUCUCUCGGAGUUCGUUGUGGUCAGUGGGAAUGAGGUCUCCCACAAGCCCAGGUCCCUCACUCACGCUCAGGCGGCAUCUUUGCCAUAUGUGGCUCUCACCGCCUGGUCUGCCGUAAACAAGGUCGGCGGCCUGAACGACAAGAAUUGCCCGGGAAAGCGUGUUUUAAUCUUGGGUGCUUCGGGUGGAGUUGGUACUUUUGCUAUACAGGUGCUGAAAGCCUGGGGUGCUCAUGUGACAGCAGUUUGCUCUCCGGAUGCCAGCGAACUUGUAAGGAGGCUUGGGGCGGAUGAUGUCGUUGAUUACAGAUCUGGAAGUACGGAAGAGCAGUUGAAGUCUUUAAAACCGUUUGAUUUUAUUCUUGACAAUGUCGGUGGCUCCACUGAGACGUGGGCUCCAAGCUUCCUCAGGAAGUGGUCAGGGGCCACGUACGUGACCUUGGUGACCCCUUUCCUCCUGAACGUGGACCAGCUGGGCCUCGCGGAUGGCAUGCUGCAGACAGGAGUCACCAUGGGGUCUAAGGCAUUAAAGCAUUUCUGCCAAGGGGUCCAUUACCGCUGGGCCUUCUUCAUGGCCAGCGGCCCGGCCCUAGAUGACAUCGCGGCCCUGGUGGACGCGGGGAAGAUUCAGCCAGUUAUUGAAGAAACCUUUCCUUUUUCUAAAGUUCCAGAAGCCUUCCUGAAGGUAGAAAGAGGACAUGCACGAGGGAAGACUGUAAUUAAUGUUGUUUAAAUAAAUGCUCGGCUUGGU